AAGGUCCACGUCUUCCAGAUGCGCAUUUGGGCCAAAAAGUUCGCCAAGUACGAUCUUAUUUACAUUUACCUACCUACCUCUAGUAUAGAUAUUAGAUACCACUACCACUAUAACUAGCAGAUGUCACUUUUAUUCACAUUUACUCGUUAAUAUGCAUUUUUCUUUAGCUACCUCUUUAUAAUUCCGACAAAUACACAUCUUGCUAUAUUAUCCAACAAACAAUCCUCAGUUGCUGGUGCGGUUGUUAAUGUAAUCCGAUCUUCGAUCUUCUUUCUCCCCCGAUGUAGCACUGCGUUUCUGCGGUUUGCCCAUCUUCUUCCUUCACAAGAUGCCAUGGCCAUGGCGCGAUCGCGAGACCGAUAACGAGUCACUACUUCCUAUAGCGGUACCGAACAUAAAUCGAAUAGAUGGGGAUUAUGAUCAGAAUGGAGAUGACUUCAACGAACGGUCACGGUCGACUACUAGGAAACCGGGACAUGCCCGUACCACAUCUGCUCAGUCACGGUCCAUAGCAGACAACUAUUCCUUUCUAACACCCGCCGAAGCAGCAGCGCAGCUUCAAACCUCUCUAACACAUGGCCUUUCACCUACGGAGGCUCUCUCGCGACUGGGAGACUUUGGCCCGAAUGAGAUCCCUCACGACCCCCCUGAUCCUCUAUGGUUUCGAUUCAUAAUGCAAUUCCGAGAGCCUCUCAUUAUCCUACUCCUAGCCUCUGCCUUCCUUUCGAUUUUCGUUGGAAAUAUGGAUGAUGCUCUCAGUAUAACCAUUGCUGUAACGAUCGUCGUCACCGUUGGGUUUGUGCAAGAAUAUCGCUCCGAGAAAUCGAUCGAAGCUCUCAAGCACCUGGUUCCCAAUCAUGCUCAUCUAGUUAGGGCGCAACCGGCGCGGCCUUCGCAAGGAAUUAAGAAUUCAACGUGGCCCCCCGCCAUAAGCGAUCCCGAAGAGAAGCCAAUUGGAUCCGAAUCAGAGACGCCAGGAGAGGAAUUAUUGGAAGCUACAUCGUCCAAGGUAAUGGCAUCCCAGUUGGUUCCAGGGGAUUUGGUGUUUUUCACUACCGGUGACCGUAUCCCGGCCGAUAUCCGGAUCACGAGGGCUGCGGAUCUGACUAUUGAUGCGUCGAACCUCACCGGGGAGAAUGAGCCGCUAAGGAUGACUGCCGACACCCGGUUCCGUACCCCCUCGCCAGCCCCGUUCGGCCAGAGUGCAUUACGGCUUCCUAGUCCAUCUGCUCUAUCUCCCCCUUCGUAUAACGGAGAAAUCAGACAAGAUGCAGGCAAUCAUGGUAUUAACAAUAUUGCGUACAUGGGUACUCUGGUCAAGUCCGGCCACGGGCAAGGCAUCGUCUUCGCUACUGGCGGCAACACACAUUUCGGGACGAUCGCCACGAGCGUAUCGGGCACCGAAAGCCCCCGAUCCCCCCUUCAACUCAGCAUGGACAAUUUAGGAAACCAACUUAGCCAAAUAUCAUUCGGCAUCAUUGCUUUGAUAUCUCUGGUUGGUCUAUUGCAAGGCAAAAAUAUCCUCGAGAUUUUCACUAUAUCCAUCUCGCUUGCCGUAGCCGCAAUUCCUGAAGGACUACCUAUUAUUGUUACGGUCACCCUAGCUCUCGGCGUCCAUCGUAUGGCAAGACAUAAUUCUAUCGUUCGAAAGAUGCCGAGUGUCGAAACGUUGGGCUCUGUCAACGUUGUUUGCUCCGACAAGACAGGGACGCUAACCAUGAAUCAUAUGACAACAGCGAAGAUGUGGUAUUUUGGCUCAGGGCAACCGAUUGAUGUCGAUUCGGAUGACGAAGCAGAAAGAACGCCUAAUACCGCCGUACGAGGAAUCCUACGAAUCGGCAACAUCGCAAACAAUGCGCGCCUUACUCAAUCUGCUAAAACGGUACUAUCGGAUUCUCAAGGGAGAGAAUUUGCCCCGUAUACGCGAUGGGUUGGGCAGCCAACCGACGUUGCAAUGCUUGAUUUGCUCGAUCGAUUUAAGGAGCACGACGUGAGGGAGUCGAUUGGUCCCCGAACAGCCGAGACCCCUUUUAGCUCCGAAAGGAAGUGGAUGGGCGUGGUAAUCGGCGCGCAACCUGGGAAUAGCGACAAGGAAUACGCCUAUAUGAAGGGCGCUAUCGAUAGGGUUCUCGAUGCUUGCGACACGUUCCUUACUGCAGAUGGCCGCGAAGUUAUCCUGGACUCUGUCCGGCGCCAAGAGGCAUUACAGGCAGCUGAGAAAAUGGCGGAAAGGGGACUCAGAGUUUUAGCGUUCGCAAGCGGCCCAGUUACCAAAUCUUCACGAAGCAAAUCCGGGCAUGGUGUUUCUACUCGAAGUACGACACCGCUAAGUCGAAACGAUAGUCAGAGUCCGGAAUUGCCGUCUCACGAAGAAGUGUACAGGGGGUUGACCUUUGCUGGAUUGGUAGGCAUGAGCGAUCCUCCACGACCCGGAGUUUCUCGUUCCAUUCGAAAGUUGAUGCGAGGCGGAGUCAAGGUCAUCAUGAUUACUGGGGACGCUCCAACCACAGCGCUAGCCAUCGGAAAGGAACUUGGCAUGCAAAUCGCAGUGAAACCCGUACUCACGGGCGAGGAGCUGGAUGCAAUGAGCGAUGCCGACCUUACGGCGGCGAUACAGAACACGACUAUUUUUGCACGUACAAAUCCGGAUCACAAACUGAAAAUUAUUCGAGCCCUCCAAUCGCGCGGCGAUAUUGUCGCCAUGACUGGAGAUGGAGUCAACGAUGCGCCGGCAUUGAAGAAGGCUGACAUUGGUAUUUCUAUGGGAUUACAUGGAACGGACGUAGCAAAGGAGGCUUCCGACAUGAUUCUAACGGAUGAUGACUUCUCGACUAUCCUUCGCGCUAUUGAAGAAGGCAAGGGCAUAUUCAACAACAUUCAGAACUUCAUCACAUUCCAGCUUAGUACCAGCGUAGCUAGCUUAGCUUUAGUUUUUAUCUGCACCUGCAUGGGGUUCAAGACCCCGUUAAAUGCCAUGCAGAUUCUCUGGAUCAAUAUCAUUAUGGACGGACCGCCAGCGCAAUCUCUAGGUGUGGAACGAGUAGAUCCCGACGUCAUGUCUCGACCGCCACGGUCCCGUAGCGAGCCGGUGCUUACGAGGGCCCUCCUCCAGCGUGUUUUGACUUCGGCCGCCAUCAUCAUGGCCGGUACCAUGAUGGUAUAUACGCACGAGAUGCAAGACGGGGGGGUUUCGCGGCGAGACACGACGAUGACGUUCACGUGCUUCGUGCUGUUCGACAUGUUCAACGCGCUGACAUGCCGGUCGGAGAGCAAGUCGGUCUUCCGCGGGGAGGUGGGCCUGUUCUCCAACAAGCUGUUCAACUGGGCCGUGUCCCUGAGCAUAGCCGGCCAGCUGCUCGUCAUCUACUUCCCCUGGCUCCAGGAGGUGUUCCAGACGGAGGCCCUGGCGUUUUUUGAUCUCGUCAGGUUGGUCGCGCUGGCGAGCUCGGUGUUCUGGGCCGACGAGGCGAGGAAAUGGUAUAAAUACGGUCGGAAAAGGCGGUUGGGCGGAUACAGCCAGGCGGUUUAGAAUAAAAGUACAGUACAGUAUAGUACCUACCUAAACCUUAUGUACCUGUUACAAUUCCAAGCGAUGGUGGUGGUGGUGUUGUUGUUGUUAUUUACAUUACAUUAGAUACGCCAGGCACGCCGGAUAGAUGAAAAACUACGCCGUUUGGAUUUAUUUAUACACACACACACACACACACACACACGAAAUAAAGCAAAUACAUACAUACAUACCUAAUACAUAGGUUAGGUACCUAGGUAUCCAUAUG